CUUGGCUCAGCCCAAAGGCCUCCAAAGUUAGUGAAAUUCAUCACCAAAAGUCCCUUCUUAGGCUUAUUUAUCUUACCUUUGCAUACUUGCACAGUCGCCAACGAAGCUUUUUGCAUUACACAACCAGCCAGGCUUCCCAGGACAGACAGUUAUGAAGCCAUCAAGCCGUUUUCUGCUGGAGAGUUUGAAGAACGUUACGUCGUUGAUCGCAGAUGGUCUAAUGGACUACUACACAGGUGAUCAGUACGGUCAAACCAUCGGUAUGUUCUCGAACCCGUACUACUGGUGGGAGGCUGGCGGUGCCUGGGGCUCCAUGAUCGACUACUGGUACUAUAUGGAAAACGACACAUACUUGAACCAAACGUACGAGGCACUCUUAGCACAGGUUGGCGAUGAUUGGAACUACGUGCCGUUGAACCAGUCCACGACAGAAGGUAACGAUGAUCAAGGGUUCUGGGGCAUUGCAGUCAUGGCUGCUGCCGAGAGAAACUUUCCAAAUCCUCCAGAUGACCAGCCACAGUGGUUAUAUCUAGCACAGGCGGUGUUCAAUACAAUGGCAUUGAGAUGGGACCCAGAUCACUGUGGAGGUGGUCUAAGAUGGCAGAUCUUUGAAUGGAACUCUGGUUAUGACUACAAGAACUCCGUUUCCAACGGCUGUCUCUUCCACAUUGGUGCCAGAUUGGCCAGAUACACCGGGAACACUUCAUACGUUGACUGGUGUGACAAGGUGCACGAUUGGAUGUACGACACAGGUCUCAUCCAUGAGAGCGACUGGUACUUUGUCUAUGAUGGUGCGAACAUUGACGAUAACUGUACGGAGAUCACAAAGCUCCAGUGGACUUAUAACCAAGGUCUCAUGAUGUCAGGCUCUGCUUACUUGUACAACUUCACUGAGGAGGAGAAGUGGAGAACAAGAACACUCGACUAUUUGAGAAGCUCCACGGUAUUCUUCAACGACUCGGUUCUCUAUGAAGCUGCGUGUCAAGGCAGUAACAACUGUAAUAACGAUCAAAGAUCGUUCAAGGCUUAUUUCUCUAGAUUCUUGGGCUUGACCGCAUAUAUGGUUCCAGAGACUUAUGACGACAUCUACAGCUUGCUGGACGCCUCUGCAAGAGCAGCCUCCAACUCGUGCUCUGGUGGUACAGAUGGCCACACGUGUGGACUCAACUGGUGGUAUUCAGGCUGGGACGGGUACUAUGGACUGGGUGAACAGAUGUCUGCUCUUGAAGUGAUGCAAAAUUUGAGAAUUAGGGACAGACCUGCUCCAUGUACUAACUCCACCUGUGGUACGUCACAAGGUGAUGGUGCUGCUGGUACGCAACAGAGUCAAACCAAUCUAAGUCCACUGACAAUUGACAAGGGUGAUGAAGCUGGUGCUGCAAUCAUCACCGUUGUUGUCGGUGCGACAAUUGUCGGAGCAUUUGCUUGGACUGUGCUAUGA